CACCCAUUUCUUCUUUUUGCUUUCUCUCACCUGAGACUCAACAUUUUCCUCCUGAGAAUCUGGAUUGCACACAACCUUCACUAAUUUCUGGUUUAAUCUUGAGAACUCUCAGCUAAACAUCUCUGGGCUUUCUUCGUAUUUGGCUAAAUCACAAUGAGUGGGAAGCUGUGGACGGAGGAGCAGUUCAACUGCCCCGUGUGUCUUGAUCUCCCCAAUGAUCCGGUCACCAUACCCUGCGGACACAGCUACUGCAUGGCCUGCAUCAAAGACUUCUGGACCAAGGAUGACCCCAAAGGGAUUUACAGCUGCCCCCAGUGCCGCCAGACCUUCUGCCCUAAGCCGCCCUUGUCCAGAAACACCAUGCUGGCCGAGGCUGUGGAGCAGCUCCGCAAAGGGGCCCUCCAAUCAGACGUUCGAGACUCCAUCCGAAGCGCUCGCGGGUUGUCCUCUAGAUCCAAGUCCAAGCUGUCCACCGGCGACGUUCAGUGCGACAUGUGCAAAGGGGAGCAGCGUGCCGCCGUGAAAAGCUGCCUGGCGUGCAUGAGCUCCUUCUGCGAGACCCACCUGAAGCCUCACCAGACCAAGAAGUCUCUCAAGCAGCAUGAGCUCAUACCGCCGACCAGCAAUCUGGCGGAGAAGAUCUGCACCCAGCACAAGUACCUGCAGGAGUUCUUCUGUCGCCAGUGCAAGAUGUUUGUCUGCUGGCUGUGCACCAGCAAUCAGCACAAAGACCAUGAGUGUGUGUCCACCAAGGCUGAGCGACAGGAGAGAGAGAAGCUGCUUUCAGACAUCCAAGCAGACAACCAGCUGAAGCUGAAACACAGGGAGCAGGAGCUGAAGGAUAUGAAGAAGAUGAUGGAAGGAGUGAAGCGUUCUGCGGAAAAGGUGCACAAUGAGACGGAGAACAUUCUGGGCGAGCUGCUGCGCUCCGUGGAGCAUCUGCAGGAGCUGCUGGAGGAGGUGCUGGACCAGGCCGGCCUGGAGAAGAUGAACCAGGCCCAGGAGGUCGCUGACAACCUGGAGGCCGAGAUCAGGGAACGGAGGAAGAGGGACACGGAAAUGAAGGACCUGGCGGACUGUGGAGACAACAUCUACUACCUCCAGACGUGCGACACCAUGAGCAGUCCUCUUGACUGCGGCGACCUGCCGGCCGUGCAAGUCAAUCACAAUGCGACCUUUGAACCCGUUCUAGAAGUAGUGCUGGCCCUCAGGGACCGAGUGGAGGAUCUGUGCAAUCAGGAGCUGGGGAAGAUCAACAAGCAAGUCAAUGAAACCAAACUGUUCACUUUGGGAAACUCCAGUCGGUUGGGAGGGAAAAAAGUAUUUCGUGAUUUGUUUUCUGGUCUGAGUAAAAGCAACAACCGUACCCCAGCUUUAAGCAUUUCCCUGGAUGUCCGAAGUACAGACCGACAAGGACGAGCAGCAAUCAGAGGUCCAGACGUGAGGAGCCGGGAUGCACCUCGGGACAGAGGAAACACAAACUCGCCCAGACGGAGACGAGACGAGAGAGAGGCUGAGCUUGAGUCUAACCCCAGCCCCACCCCCAGCCGCAGAGGGGGCCCGUCUCUCUGGAGCAGGUCUAGUCAAAACCCGGUCGCCCCUCCUGCAGCUAUGACUCCGACUCCAAUCCCAGCUUCUCCUUCUCCUUCUCCUACUCCAGCUCCAGCUCCAGCUACAUCCAGUGCAUUCAGCAGGAUGGCGUCGAUCAGCAGCCUGUUUCGCUCACACCGACGAGGCGCCAACCAGGCCACCCCGGUCAAUAACACCACAGCUGCAGGAGGAAACCCGGGCGGGAUGGUGGAUCUGUUAGAAACACCAACAGAGAUUAACCCAGGGCUGUUCUUGGACACGCCUCUGCCGAACGCCAUGACCCAGGCUCCAGCUUUUCCUGCAUUGAGAGAAAUCAACCUUGACAGCAUCCAGGCACCAGAACCGAGAUCCAGAGAGGAGUUUCUCCAGUAUUCUGUGAUCCUGACCCUUGACCCCAACACAGCUCACAGGCGCUUGGUACUCUCCGACGGAAACACCAAGGCUACCCUGCAGGGUCCGACGCAGCCGUACGCCGACACACCCCAGCGCUUCGACGGCUGGACCCAGGUGAUGUGCCAGAGCCCGCUGCAGGCCCAGCGCUCCUACUGGGAGGUGGAGUGGAGGGGCCGUGGCUCAUCAGUGGGCGUGGCCUACGCCUCACUGAGCAGGAAGGGCAACGACGCCCGGUCCGGCCUCGGCUACAAUCCCCAGUCCUGGACGCUGGAGCUGUCCGACACCUGCUGCUCGGCGAUGCACGCCAACGAGAAGAGGGACAUCCCCGUCACCUACUCGCCCCGCCUGGGCAUCUUCGCCGAUCUGUCGGCGGGGACGCUGGCGUUCUACAGCGUGGCGGACAACAUGACGCACCUCCACAGCUUCAGGGCUAACUUCACCCAGCCUAUUUAUGCGACGUUCGGAGUGGGGAGCGGGGUCGGGGUGGGUCUGGACUUCGCCCUGGGGCAGUUCUCAUCCAGCUGUGACAGCAUUAAGAUCUGUCCGCUGUGAGGCAGCGGGUCGGAGCGCUGAACCAUUAAACCGCGGUAAAACUAUCUAGAGUCUGGUUGUAAGGAUUUAAAUCACCAUCCCCUUCAUCCUUUUUUCUGUCAAAUUUAAUGUAUGGAUCAACACAAAUUAGUACAAAGUUUAAAAGUUUAAGUCAAAUUUUACAAAUAAAAAUCUAAAAAGAGUGAAAUGCAUUUAUAUUCAGUCCCUUGGAAUCAGCUAAAGUCAUUUGCGGUGCGUCUCUACCAGCUUUGGACAUCAACUCUGGAUGGAGAGGGUCUGUGAAGAAGCCCGGCCACAGAUUCUCAAUUGUACUUUGACUAGGCCAUUAUCCAUGAACCUUUCUUUUCAACUCCUCUGGGAUGUGGGGUCAUAG